CGGCGUGACGGAAAUGACGACAUAAACUCACACAGUGUUUACUACCGGCUGCUAGGCUAAAACGGCCGUCAGACAAACACAAACCUUCUGUCUCUAUAAAGCAAAAUAAGUUUAAUCCGACGAGCAGAGCACAAACAAACUACAGAUGGCGGAUCCUGCGGUGGCAUCGGGAGGUUCACUGAACGCAGGAGCGCGUGGGAGUGGUGGUAAAGCAGCUACCAGCCCUGCAGAGAACUACCACCUGGCCCGACGUCGAACCCUGCAGGUUGUUGUCAGUGCCCUCCUGACAGAGAGCGGCUUUGAGAGCGCGGAGAAGGCAGCAGUGGAGACACUCACUGAGAUGAUGCAGAGCUACAUAACUGAAAUAGGUCGGUGUGCUAAAGCUUAUUGUGAACACACAGCCAGAAGCAUCCCAACCCUGUCAGAUGCAGUGGUCACGCUCAUUGAAAUGGGUUUCAAAGCAGACACCCUGCCUGUGUAUGCCAAGAGAUCACAGAGGAUGGUUAUAACUGCCCCUCCAGUGACCAACUCACCUGUGACUCCCAAAGCUCUGUCAGCCGGACAGAAACGCACACAUCCGGCUCACAUCCCCAGCCACUUCCCAGAGUUCCCUGACCCUCACACCUACAUCAAAACACCCACGUUCAGAGAGCCUGUGUCAGACUACCAAGUGGUGAGAGAGAAGGCAGCAAGUCAGAGGAGAGACGUGGAGCGAGCGCUCACACGCUUCAUGGCCAAGACCGGAGAAACUCAGAGCCUCUUCAAAGACGACAUCACUGCCUUCCCAUUGAUCGCAGCACAACCAAGCACCAUCCCAUAUCUAAGCGCCCUCCUGCCCUCGGAGCUGGAAUUGCAGACUCUGGAGGAGACAGACUCCUCUGAGCAGGACGACCAGACAGACAGCGAGAACACAGCAGGAAACAUCCUCAAUGAUGAUCCAGGAGCUGACAAAGAAAACUCCAUGCUUCCUCCCGGUGGAGUUGUUCCUUCCGCAAAGGCCGCUGAGGACAACGUGAUCGACAACCCGUACCUUCGGCCGGUCAAAAAACCCAAAGUGAGGAGGAAGAAAUGAGUGGGACCCACCUUGAAGCAACAGACUCACAUUUGCCACAGUGGUUGGUGCUUUCAGAGUGUGAGCUGGGACCAGUACUGCUGUUGGCUUUUUGUAUACUGACUGACUUCUAUUGAGAGAGAAAACUUUCUUUUGUGUUAACUGUAAUCUUUUCAGCAAGCACUCCCUUUGUAAGCAACAUUAUGAUGUAAUAUACAAACCAUAUAGGAAUCCAGUCAUUUUGUGAAUAAAAAAAACAAUUUUCUUUUUUUUU